CUCGCCUCUGGUCGUGAUAUGCGCCAUGGGUAACCCACUGGAAAUAUCCGAACUCAGGUUGCUUAUCUGCCGAGAGCUCUACACUACAGACCUCGGCGCGCUUCGACUGACAUGUAAACGAUGGUCUCUAGAAGCAGAGCAAGAGAUGUGGUCGCACGUUUUCAGGUUCUUACCCUUGUUGCGACUCAUCCCUGAAGAUGCCUGGCUAGAAGGAGAGACCGAAUCAACGCUCAAACACUAUCGGCGACAAUUGAGCUUUAGAUUUAUACGUCCUCUUACACCUCAAGACUGGAUCCCCGUUAUGAAGCGUGCUCGCUUCGUGAAGAGACAAUGGUUCAUGGACCUCACCACCUUGGAAUAUCUAGAAGGCCAAGUCGACGCCAUCCUCGCCUGUCCGCCACCCUCUCUCCCUCUCUUUCCCAACAUGCGGUCUCUGAGGGUUGACUACGACUCUCGUUAUGGACCUGCUUAUCAGCACCUCGCCCACAUCCUCUUCCCGCAGAGUGUUCUCAACUCUAUCAGCGGUGUGGCGUGUAACACGCGCUUCUUCGACCCCGCCAAUUUGGCCGCAAAUUACCAGGAUCUCGCAGAAAUUAGCCUCACUGUGGGCGACAGCCGCUACCAUCGAUCUGAUGUCAUGCCAGAGUCCGCCAUCGCGCAGCGCUACGAAGUACGCCUCGCUGGUGCACUGGCCGCUUGUCGAAGCCUGUCGCAUGUCACCCUAUCUCUGGAUGGAUCAGUCGCUCCAGAGAUAAUUGUCGCGUUGUCACGCAGCAGGUCCAUUCAGAGCGUCAGUCUCCUCUUCCAUGAUCUCGUGACGGACCAUAUUCGAAUUCCAGCGUCAUAUUCCUUCCCUCGCUUCCCUGCCCUUCGCAGCUUCGGAACAUCUGGAUUAACCCUGGAGCGCGCGUGGAGGCUGCUACAAGGGUCCGGGAGAGAUGCGCCUGGCAACAUCUUCGCCCACCAAGACGCUGGCUGCAAGCUUAACGCGCCCCUCUUCGUCGAAACCGGCAAUGCGCUCCUCUGCACCAUGCGCUCUAUACACGACCAGUACACGCCAUAUCGAUCUUUGCGCUCCCUGUCGCUGGACGGCUCUCACCAACCCAUGAAUAUCAACUUCAGCGACAUCGAGAUGUUUUCCGUAUUCCCGCACAUCAACCACUUCGCGCUCGAUUUCGAGUUCGAGGAGGUCUCGAUCACGGACAGCAAUUGCGAGGCCUUCGCGAGCUGGUGGCCUGACCUGCGCCACUUCUCAAUCGGAGGCUCCGCGAGUCCCGCUGUGCGUACGGCGCCCCCCGCGCUAACGCUCCGCGCCCUGCUCGCAUUCGUCCAGCGUUGCCCGCAGUUCGCGUGUCUAGCGCUCCCCAUGGACGCCACGGUCGUUCCUAUCGUUCAAACGGACGCCAAGGGGCGUGCACCGCGAUACUGGGGCCUCGAGGAGCUCACUCUGAAGGACUCUGACAUCGGAAGCGGGGAUGAGCUGGGCGCCUGGAUGGCCGAGUCAUUUCCGGGGUUACGCGACCUUUACUAUUCUCUGCCGAACGAAGAACAUGGCGACGUGGACAGGAGGAUCGAGGAAUGGAACCGCGUGAAAAUGUUGACCACCGGAAGGACGGAAUUCUGA